AUGCGACGCAGCGUCAUAAGGCAGCGCAAGGAGUUCCUGGAGCGAAAGCAGAACGAGCAUGUACACGAGGCAAUACAUGCCAGGAAGGAGCAGUUCCGCGACGCACUCACAGGCGCCACGCCAAUGCCAGGUCACCUACGCAAAGACGCGCUGGCCCUCAAAAAAUUCUCGGAGCUAGACGACGACCAAACGAAGGUGCUGCAGAGCACAGUAGAUGAUGAGUAUGCCAACGCCGGCCUCAAAGACCCGCGUGUCCUCGUCACCACAUCACGCGAGCCGUCGCAGAAGUUGCUAGAGUUCGCGAAGGAAAUACGCCUGGUGGUACCCAACGCUGUGCGCAUGAAUCGCGGCAACCUCAGCGUCCGCCAGCUGAUGGACGCGGCCCGUCGCGAGGAGUACUCGGACGUCAUUGUACUGCAGGAGUCGCAGGGUGUGCCCGAUGGCCUGACCGUCUCGCACCUGCCGCUUGGCCCGACCGUUGUCUUCACGAUACACAACCUCGUCACGCGGCACGACAUUGAGGACGUUGGCACCAUGUCGGAGCAGUACCCCCACUUGAUCUUCGAGAACUUCACAACGAAGCUGGGCCACCGGGUGCGGGAUGUGCUAAAAUUUCUGUUUCCCGUGCCGAAGCCCGAUGCCACACGUGUCCUGACAUUUGAUAACCAGAACGACUUUGUGAGCUUCCGCCACCACACCUUCAAGGUGGUGAAGGGGCGCGAUGCGCAGCUGACGGAGGUUGGUCCACGCAUGGAGCUGACACCGUACCGCAUCACACUCGGCACACUCGAGAUGGACGACGCCGAGACGGAGUGGGUUCUGCGCCCGUACAUGAACACAGCGAAGAAGCGUCGGCUCAUGUAA